UUCCUUCUCAAACCUUCAAUUUAUUAACCUCUAUUUUUAUGGAUUCUCAAAACGACACCGUUGAAGCCGCACCAUCCCCAUCUUCCACGACUCUAAGCCGCUACGAGAAUCAAAAGCGUCGCGACUGGAACACGUUCGGCCACUACAUAACCAACCACACCCCACCUUUAGCUUUGGCUUGCUGCAACGGCGCCCACGUGGUCGAGUUCCUCCGCUACCUAGACCAGUUUGGCAAGACCAAGAUCCAUUCCAACCUCUGCCCUUUCUUUGGCCACCCCAGCCCUUCGGGCCCAUGCUCCUGCCCCUUACGCCAAGCAUGGGGCAGCCUCGACGCGCUUGUGGGCCGCCUUCGGGCUGCCUAUGAGGAGCACGGUGGGAAUGCUGAGUUCAACCCUUUUGGGGCUCGCCCCGUGCGCCUCUAUUUGCGUGAGGUCCGAGAUUUGCAAGCUAAGGCUAGAGGGAUUAGUUACCAGAAGAAGAAGAAGCGGAAGCUGUCGUUGAGUCCGCCGCCGCCACGGCAGCAUGCGGCUGUGUUUGGGGCUGCUAGCAGUAAUGGUGAAAGUACAAUAAGCCAGUUGAAGUUAUAAACUAUAUAACUAAAUUAAAGCUUUUCAUUUACUGAAGAAUGAAAUAUAAUUACCUAAAUGGUAAUUAUUUAUUAUUCAUUGUCUACACUCUGCACCAAUAUCUUUCUCCUUUCACCAACUACAUCUUGUAUUUCUCCUUUUGAUCUUCCCCCAUUUUCUUCUCCAAUGCAAGAAUGACA